AUGAAUACCAGAAUGAAUGGCAAGAUUUUGAAGAAUUUAUUGAAAGUUUCUAAGAAUUUGAUAAAGAAAAAAGAUGAUCCUUAAAGUUUAGAAAUUGAAAAUAGCGAGAACCUUAAUGACUUCAAUUGCUUCUUUUUGCCAAGUUACUCUGAAAAUGAUACUCUUUAUAAAGAAUAGAAUGAGAGUACUUUGAGAUUCAUCAAUUUCAUUAUUUAAAAUGAAUAAGGUAAUCUAAGAAACUAAAUAGAAUUAAAGCAACAAAUUUUAGCAAUUACUCAUAAGCUAAAUCAAGUAUAAAAAAUAUCAGAUUUAAAACCAUUAAGUGUUUUUGACUUCGUGAGUAUUCAAUUCGAGGUUCAUUUCGAAAAUGAAGAUAUGAUAAAGACUUAUAGAGAUCUAGUAUCAAAACUAAAAGUUAUUAAAAAUAAGAAAGAAUUUCUAGAACACACUCUUGAAAUUCUUGAUAUACCUUCUAAGAGAGAUAUUCUAUGGGAAUCUAGAGCUAUUUCUCAUACAAUGAGUGGACUAUCAAUGGGUGCCUCAGCUGCUGGUAUAGCUACUGCUGGUGCUGCCCUAGCAGGAGCUGCUGUGGUACCUAUUGCGGGUUGGAUAGUUGCUGGAGUAACUCUAGCUACUCUAGCUUCAAAAAUUGCAGUUGAGUAAACUGUAUUAAAGUCAAAAUAACAAGAAGUUGAAAAAGAAGUUAAAAUGGUAGAGGAUUUUAUGCAGGAGGUUAAAUAGAUCAUGGAAGUUCUAGAAUAAAUUAAGGAUAUAAUUGAAAAAUCUUCCUCACUCAAAAGACUUCUUAUUUUCCUGAUCAUCAAAACAAUCAAGAAUGAUGCAGAUAUAUAAUAUUCAAAACUCAAAUAGAAAGUUAUUGAAGAAUAUGUCAAGUAUAAUGAGAGAGAUUUUGAGCUUUCACUUCUUUCAACCAAUGUUUCAUCUGAGGAGUUCAAAUUCUAAGAUUUUGGAAACUAGUAUUUUAGUUCUAUUGGAAAUAAUCUCUCUAAUGGAGGAAUACAAAUGCUUUAAUAGCUGUAAAAAGUUGAAUUCUUCACAAGAAACAGUAGAAAAAUUUAUAAAGUUUCUGAGAUAGGAUAUAAAACAAUUGAAGAACUUCAGACAGCAAAAAAUCUAGGAGGAUUCGCUUCCAAAGCCUCGGGUACCGAUGGAAUCAGAUUAAUAGGACAGAAUACUAAGGCAUUCAAAGAUGUAUAAAAAUUCAAUGUCGGAAAAGUGAGUAAUAUUGGAGGAGCAGCUAAAGUAUCACAAGGGUUUGGAUUUGCAUUUGGAGUGGUAGGCUUAGCUCUUGAGUCAUACUCUGUUUUCUAAUUUGAAGAUGAUUUCAAGAAGAAGAUUUAGCAGAUGGAUAGCUUCGAAAAGGCCAUUAAUGAUCUUAAGGAAUAGUUACCAAAUGUUCUAGAAUUCAUUUCUAACUUUGAAUCUCAAGCCCUAGAAUAAUAAUGA